ACAAUGGCUAGCAACUUCGGAAGGAUUUUGUCCUCCAAGAGGAACAUGGGUAUCUUGUCAUUAGUUGGUGCCGGGUCCCUCACCGCGGGUUUCCUACUGACCAGAGACCAACAUGUCAACGCAGGGGCUCAGGUCCGAAGAAAAUACCCUCCAAGUGCAGAGUACCCAGAUUUACGGAAACACAACAACUGCAUGGCCAGCAACCUGACACCAGCCAUUUAUGCUAAACUGUGUGACAAAGCUACCCCGAAUGGCUUUAUGCUAGACCAGGCCAUCCAGACGGGCGUGGAUAACCCUGGGCACCCCUUCAUUAAGACGGUGGGCAUGGUCGCUGGAGACGAGGAGUCAUAUGAGGUGUUUGCCGAUAUCUUUAACCCUGUCAUUAAGGAGAGACACAACGGUUAUGACCCAACCAACAUGAAACACCCCACUGAUCUGGAUGCAAGCAAGAUAAAGUCUGGGCAGUUUGAUGAGCGAUACGUGCUGUCAUCACGCGUGCGGACAGGCAGGAGUAUCCGGGGCCUGAGUCUCCCCCCAGCAUGCACUCGUGCAGAGAGACGGGAGGUGGAAAGGGUCGUGAUUGAUGCUCUGGCCGGACUGAAAGGGGACCUGGCCGGAAAAUACUACAGCCUCACCCAGAUGACAGAGGAGGAGCAGCAGCAGUUAAUCAAUGAUCAUUUCCUGUUUGAUAAGCCAGUCUCCCCUCUGCUAACAUGUGCAGGGAUGGCUCGUGAUUGGCCUGACGCUAGAGGCAUUUGGCACAACAACAACAAAACCUUCCUGGUGUGGGUGAAUGAGGAGGAUCAUACACGAGUCAUUUCCAUGGAGAAAGGAGGCAACAUGAAGAGGGUUUUUGAGCGUUUCUGUAAGGGUCUGCAAGAGGUGGAGAGACUGAUAAAGGAGAAAGGCUGGGAGUUCAUGUGGAAUGAGCGCCUUGGUUACAUCCUUACCUGUCCGUCAAACCUGGGCACAGGCCUACGCGCUGGUGUCCACGUCAAACUGCCUCUUCUCAGCAAGGACCCUCGCUUCUCCAAGAUCCUGGAGAACCUGCGUCUCCAGAAGAGAGGCACUGGUGGAGUGGACACAGCUGCUGUUGGCAGCAUCUUUGACAUUUCCAACCUGGAUAGGCUGGGCCAGUCUGAGGUCCAGCUGGUGCAGACAGUGGUCGACGGAGUGAAUUACUUGAUUGAAUGUGAGAAGAGACUGGAGAAAGGACAAGACAUUAAGAUCCCUGCACCCAUCAGCCAGUUCAAGUAG